CCUGUACAACUCUGUACUUCAGCAGAGUGGCUUUACUGCUCCUUAAUACCUGACUGGUUAAAUUCAUAAGUAAGUUGCACUGAUUAUUUUUGGGAAAACUAAAGGAUUUUAAGUACACCCAAUAGUAAUAGUUCGCCCCCAUCACUCAGGAGUGUACUAAUCAGUGUUUAACAGUGAUUAUUAUUGUAAUAUUGUAACAAUUUACAGGACACAACAAUUUUUUUUAGUUGCUCUAUAUUGUGCAUAUUUGCCUUGAAACCUACAGUACGUUGGUUAAGUAUUUCAGAUCAAUAGCUGGCUCAUGGGUGUUUACAGUCAUUAUGCAAAAGACAAAAAAAAAAGAGGUGCGGAAGAGUGAAGCAAAACAGGAACUGGCUGCGUAUGAGCGAGAGCGUAUGUGUGAGAGUGUAGGCGAGAGAAGUGUAAUUAGGGGAGUUCACAGUGUGAAUACAGAGAAGACCAGUCAUUCGUCAUCACACACUCACACACCAGCGAGAGAGCACACAGUUAAUGAGAGAGAGAGCGCGAGAGCAGGAGAGAUUCUACAGUUUCGUUUAUUCUGAGUACAGUAGAGACUUAUGAGUAUAUUUUACAUUUUAGAUUCAGAUAAGUUUGAUUUAGUUUAGUAGUUUAGUAUAGUGGACUGGGAGGAAGUGUGGACUGCACAGUGGUGGUCUUCUGGGAUAUGAGACCUUCAUGUUAAUGCAACCAUGGACAGGAACAGCUGGGUUUUAACUCUUGUCAUGUUUCUCACUAUGUUGGUUCAUGUAUCAGGUUCAGAGAUGAAACCACAGAAUGUGACUGUCCACAUAUGGGAGGGAAAUGUGACUGUCACCUGGGAUCCCCCUCAGAAAAAUCCACAGGGAUGCCGUUAUACAGUUCAAGUUGCCACAUAUAUUGAUUAUCCAAGGGUCUGGACAAAUGUGACCAAUUGUAAUCUAAUUCAUGGGACUGUGUGUAACAUUGGAACCCUUUUUAACGAGUCAGAGGAAAGACUGGUUAAAGUUUAUAAUCACAUGGCUCAUGGAAGCUUUAGCUCUGGUGACAAAAGAUUUAACAUCAAACACAGCCUAUUAUUACCACCGUCCUUCACACUGCAGUCCACCCCAUAUACUGUACAAGUCAAGAUGCAGAGGAAACAGCUGCCUGGAGUCUUUCCCUUUGGAUUGGAUUAUACUGCCUACCUGUGGCCACAGGGGCGAGAAAAUGAGACUCUGAGUGAUGAUGACACUGAUGAGGAUGGAGAGAUUAAGUUCAGCUCGCUGGAUCGGUGGCAGGUGUACUGUGUGCGGGUGCAGGUGAAGAGUACAACUGGUCCCAGCAACAUCUCUCCUGCACAGUGCACUCAGAUACCACUUGAUGUAGCUGUGAUUAUCUACUUUGUCUUUCUUGGGCUUCUGGGCUUCGUGGCUGUCCUGAUGAUCUUUGUCUGCUGUUUCCUGAGGCGUUCUGUUAAAAUGCCCAAAUCUUUGAAACCUAUGGUGAGCUCAUGGCAGCCGAUGUCUGUAGGGUCAGAUCAUGUGGAGACGGUGACUGAUAAAGGAUGGCACCUGUUCAUAAACAAAAACGAGGAAAAGAGGCAAACCUCAGAGGCAGGACUUAAAUGUCCUGAAGAGGACAAAGAGUGGAGAGAGAGCCUGGACAGCGGCAUGGGCAUGGAGCAUCUGGACCCAUCUGUCAAGGACACCAAGUGUCCACCAGAUGGACAGACGGAGGAUGUACAGGAGGACAGCGGCUGUGGAAGUCUGAAAGGAACAGAAGGCAGUGGAAGCAUUCAGAGAACUGCGGGGGAGUUUGUUACUCUCGACGUGAUGAGCCGCGACAGUGGAAGUGAAGGACGGGAGGACAGUGGUUUGGGGAUGGGUCACCGGGAGGUGUCCAGUUCUCUGGAGGGUGAGGACAGUGGACUGCUGAGUGAGGUGGUGGUGGUGGGAGACGGCUAUAGAAGUCAGAGUCCUUCCAGUGUAGAUGUUCAAAAAGAGAAUCCAGAGUCUUGUGACAUGGAAACCAAUAUGGCCGCCCCAUCUGAUGGAUAUCGGUGUGGUCAAGUUAUGUGCUCAUGUUUAGAGCAGGAGUACUGCGUUUGGUGCAAAUUUAAGAAACCGUUGACUGAAGACUGUCAGUCAGUGACUCAAGUACAAACUGAUUCAAGACUAUUGAUAUGUGUUUCUGUAGAUGAGGACUUUGGGGACACAGCUGUCUCUAAUUACAGGAAAAAGACUCUUAUGCAGACUGUUAAUCUUUUUGGUAUGGAGGAGACUGUCAGUCAGCCAGCGUUCCACCAUUUGGAUAUGACCCCUAAAACUUCCCCGUUUUUCUUUUCCUCUCCUCUGCUUCAGCAUAACGGAGAAAACCGAGACUGUAUUACAGAAGCUCAUUCCUUCACACUUGAGGAUGUGAAACUAGUGUGUUUGUGAAUACUGCUCGGGGAUUUCUGUUAAGAACUUCUGUUCAGAUACUCAAGGAUUCCACAAACAAAUCUUGAAGCUCAAAGUUUAGGAUACAUUUUACAGUUUAUUGCAUUUACAGCAUUCAGCAGAGAGUUUGAGGAAAAUCAUCAUAUCUAUGGGGGAAUGUAACAACGGCAGUUCAUACUUUAUUUAUCUGUCUAAUUGAAUUUAAUCCAACCCUUUUGAAUUAACACUGAUGAAAUGGAAGCCAGGUCUAGAGAAAAGUGAGCCAUAUAUUGACAAUGUCUCCCUUUUGCGAGAAAUCAGUUAUUAUUGAGACCAAAGUUUUAGCACACCCUUUUAUUUCAGAAUAAAAAGGGAAACAAAAUGAAAGGAAAAAUUAAAUCUGAAUACCCCAGAAAGUAAUAAGUGAGGGGGCCUGUCUUUUAGGCUAUGUCUGAAACCGAAAUCUUAAAAGCCCCCAUAUUUUAAAUAAAAAACAAAAAGAAAAAGUGACUAAUUUCUCCCAAAAUUAAGAAAUGGUUGAAAUCAUUAGAAUAAUAUAAUUCACCACAGAGAAAUAUUUUCACUCACCAUACUGACACAGUAUUUUUAGAUUCAAUAUUGAAGAGAUUUAUUCUUAUGUACACAGUAAAUCUUUUAUUUGUUAAUUCCCCACUAACAAUAAUGACCAGACUGAAUGUGUCCUGUUUAUGAUAGCAGUGGUGCUAUUUUGUAAAACCACAGUACUGUAAAAAUGAAGUGUAUUAUUACAGCAGUUUUACGUUGUAGGAAUAGGGUGUGUUAGAUGAAGAAGGAGAACACUAAGCUAUGUGGGAUUUGUGCCAAAUCAUGUCUGAGGACAGUGUUACAGGAGUUCAGAUGUAUUUCGUCUAUUUUUGAGAAAUAGCCACAUACCACAACUUCCCAGCUACCAUCUAUGGCUUAGCGGAACAUUUUUUGAACGUUGCAGUUAACAUUGUUUAAUCUCAAGUUUUCUGGAUGUUGUUAGAAUGUUUUAUUCUGGUUAAGUCACGUGUCAGUGUUUUAAAUUUUAGUUUGGGGAAUAUUACUUUUAAUGUUUCCAUAAUGUUAGUAUAUGUCUAGCUGGGAAUGUACGUGAGAAACUAAAAACGCUGUGAUGCAAACCAUUAUGAUGCCACAUCUACAGAACAGUCCUGGAACAUUUUAUCUGUAACAAAACAUGCUAACCAUGCUGGAAAAGUUUUAGACUGUUCUCUGUGGGCAGAGUUACUACAGGUCAUCUCGAAUUGUAUCAGGAUCAACAAGUGCUAACUUGACUGAAUAUUUGCACAUGCACGUUGAUUAUGACAUGAAACAUCUAUUUAUUUAUUGACUUGUGAAUGGAUAUCUUUUGACCAAUUCUAACAAACACAUACUAAUAAAUUCUUUCAAAAUAA